GCUGCCUCUGCUGCCAUGUCUCAAGGAAUCCUUUCUCCACCGGUGGGCUUGCUGUCUGAUGAGAAUGUGGUAGUCUCCCCAAUGUUUGAAUCCACAGCUGCAGAUUUGGGAUCUGUGAUCCGGACAGACCUACUAUCAGACUGCUCUGUCAUCUCCACCUCCCUGGAGGACAAGCAGCAGGUUCCAUGUGAAGACAGUACAGAGAAGGAGGAUCAGGGCUGUGUUCGAAUUGAGAAUAUGGAGACCCUUGUUCUGCAAGCACCCAAGGACUCCUUUGCCUUGAAAAGCAACGAGCGGGGAAUUGGCCAAGCUACCCACAAGUUCACCUUUUCCCAGAUCUUUGGGCCAGAAGUGGGACAGUCAUCCUUCUUCAACCUGACCGUGAAGGAGAUGGUAAAGGAUGUACUCAAAGGGCAGAACUGGCUUAUCUAUACAUAUGGAGUCACCAACUCAGGGAAAACUCACACGAUUCAAGGUACCAUCAAAGAUGGAGGGAUCCUGCCUCGGUCAUUGGCUCUGAUAUUCAAUAGCCUCCAAGGCCAACUUCAUUCAACACCUGACCUGAAGCCCUCGCUCUCCAAUGAGGUAAUCUGGCUAGAUAGUAGGCAGAUUCGACAGGAAGAAAUGAAGAAGAUGUCCCUGCUCAGUGGAGGCUUUCAAGAGGAGGAACUAUCUACCUCUUUGAAGAGGAGUGUCUACAUUGAAAGUCGGAUGGGCACCACUACCAGCUUUGACAGUGGCAUCGCUGGGCUCUCUUCUACCAGUCAAUUUAUCAGCAGUAGCCAGCUGGAUGAAACAAGUCACCAAUGGGCACAGCCAGACACUGCCCCAGUAAGCAUACCAGCAGACAUUCGCUUCUCCAUCUGGAUCUCCUUCUUUGAGAUCUACAAUGAGCUGCUUUAUGACCUGUUAGAACCACCUAGCCAGCAGCGGAAGAGGCAGACUCUGCGGCUAUGCGAGGAUCAAAAUGGCAAUCCCUAUGUGAAAGAUCUUAACUGGAUUCAUGUUCAAGAUGCUGAGGAAGCCUGGAGACUCCUAAAAGUGGGUCGUAAGAACCAGAGCUUUGCCAGCACACACCUGAACCAGAACUCUAGCCGUAGUCAUAGCAUCUUCUCAAUCCGGAUCUUGCAUCUUCAGGGAGAAGGGGAUAUAAUUCCCAAGAUCAGCGAGCUUUCACUCUGUGAUCUGGCUGGUUCAGAGCGCUGCAAAGAUCAAAAGAGUGGUGAAAGGCUAAAGGAAGCAGGAAACAUUAACACUUCUCUGCACACCUUGGGCCGCUGUAUUGCUGCUCUGCGCCAAAACCAACAGAACCGGUCAAAGCAGAACCUGGUUCCUUUCCGUGAUAGCAAAUUGACCCGAGUGUUCCAAGGCUUCUUCACAGGCCGAGGCCGAUCUUGCAUGAUUGUCAAUGUGAAUCCUUGUGCUUCUACCUAYGAUGAGACUCUUCACGUGGCCAAGUUUUCAGCCAUUGCCAGCCAGCUUGUGCAUGCCCCACCUGUGCAACUAGGACUCCCAUCACUGCAUUCAUUCAUCAAGGAACAGAGUCUUCAGGCAUCCCCUGGUUUAGAGAAAGGGAAUAAGGUAGACCCAAGCCUUGACAACCACGCUGAAAAUGAAGUUGACAUCUCCAUGUACAGCAAGGAGGAGCUCCUACAGGUGGUGGAAGCCUUGAAAACUCUGCUUUUGAAAGAACGACAGGAAAAGUUGCACCUGGAGAUGCAACUCCGUGAUGAAAUUUGCAAUGAGAUGGUAGAACAAAUGCAACAACGGGAACAGUGGUGCAGUGAGCAUUUGGACACCCAAAAGGAACUAAUGGAGGAAAUGUAUGAAGAGAAACUAAAGAUUCUCAAGGAGUCACUCACAAGUUUUUACCACGAAGAAAUUCAGGAACGGGAUGAAAAAAUUGAAGAACUAGAAGCUCUCUUGCAGGAAACCAGACAGCAAUCUGAGGCCCAUCAACAGUCAGGGUCUAACUUAUCCAUGCGGCGGUCAAAUAGGUUGGCAGCUUCUGCCUCCACUCAGCAGCUCCAGGAGGUUAAUGCUGAACUACAACAGUGCAAAGCAGAGCUAAACUCUACCAGUAAAGAGCUGCAGAAGUAUCAGAGAAUGUUAGAACCACCACCCUCAGCAAAGCCCUUUACCAGUGACGUGGACAAGAAGUUAGAGGAGGGCCAGAAGAAUAUAAGACUACUGCGGUCAGAGCUUCAGAAACUUGGUGAGUCUCUCCAAUCAGCAGAAAGGGCCUGUUGCCACAGCACUGGGGCAGGAAAACUUCGUCAAGCUUUGACCACUUGUGAUGACAUCUUAAUCAAACAGGACCAGACACUAGCUGAACUGCAGAACAACAUGAUGCUAGUGAAACUGGACCUUCAGAAGAAGGCAACAUGCAUUGCUGAGCAGUAUCAUACUGUGCAAAAGCUUCAAGGCCAGGCUGCUUCUGCCAAAAAGCGCCUUGGUACCAACCAGGAAAACCARCAACCAAACCAGCAACCUCCAGGGAAGAAACCAUUCCUUCGAAACUUACUUCCCCGGACACCUACCUGCCAAAGCUCAACAGACUGUAGCCCUUAUGCCCGGAUCUUGCGCUCAAGGCGCUCUCCUUUACUCAAAUCUGGGCCUUUUGGCAAAAAAUACUAAGACUGGGGAGGAAGAACACAGUCAUCUCCCUAUGUGGAUCAGCUGCUCAGCUUAAUAAACAGACUGUUUUCAGCUUUACCAUAUACCUGGAACUGUAUGCAGCAUACAAUACUCAUAUACUAGUUCCCCACACCUUUUGUAUUAUAAUCACUUUUGUAAUCUCGUGUUUUUUCACUCAUAUGGUUUCUAUGCACACAAAAAAAGUUAUAUUAAAUAAAGAUUAUUGUUCACAUUUUUAUUCAAAUAUCAAAUUUAGCAAAAUCAUUAAAACAAAUUAUUAAAAGGGCAGAAAACCUGGUACUCAAUGUCAUUCUGGCCCCUAAGAACUUUUGCAUAGAAAUGGCAAUAAAGACCAGGAACUAGCAUAUACCAAGUCUAAGGUUUAGAAAUAAUGAAUUCAAGUGAUAUUAGAUAGUCUACAUGUUUAAAUAUAAAAUGAAGUAUCAUACAUUAGGAGGUGAAGAGGUAAUAAAAAUGUUCUGGGAACAAGAGAAGGAAAACUAGAUCCUGAGCCCAGAAUGGUUCAUAGCAUCUACAAGUUCAUUAUAGCUGACAUCACAGUCAAAGCAUAUUACCUGCUAGUGAACAUGUGCACAGAUCUGAAAUCCUCCAAGAGCACCACAAAAAUGAUUCCCUUUACCUAUCUAGACAGAUAAGGCUGACAAAAUGUAUUCUUUUGGAGAUAGGAAGGAAAAAAACAAUUAUAUCAAAAAUUUAUUAAAACCAGCAUGAAUUAAGUUUAUUCUCAAUAUAGUCAAAAAUGUUAUAUUCAAAAGUCCAUGAAUUAUCUGUAAUUCUUGCUUUGCUUUGGUAGAGGUAUAGCUAGUGCUAUAGCCAUCUUUGCCCUUAGGAAGGGUCAUCAAUAGUUCAGGUGGAGCUUUUUUUGCCCUUCAAUCCUAGUAAGUUACUUMCAGAUUCCUUUUCAAAAUGUCUUGAAGAAUGUCUCCUAGGUUAAGAACAAAUGUAUAGCUCCACUUUGUUUAAACCUAAUCUCUAAUAUCGAAAUAGGGAUCAUAACUCAGCAAAUUCAAGGAGUCAUUUCUGUCUAGUGUCCUGACUCCUUCCUAGGGUAGUUAGUGCCCUUACUGCCAGAAAAGGGUAGUGGCAGACUUCUCCCUUUCUUGCCUGUCCCACUCCCAGCAGCAUUAAAACCUUGUUCCUGUAGCAUUGCCUGUGCUAAAGUGCUGUAAAAGGUAUGUUUUAAUGGGGGUGGAGAGAAAGGGCACUGAAAAGAAGGCCAAGAUUGACAGCCACUCUGAAUAGAAGGGAGAUAGAAGUGCUUCUAA